GAGAAAAGUGGGUACGCCAUUAACGGCAAAAGAGCAUGAUUCAUAACCGCACAAAAACAUGGCGGGAAAUCUGGGCAGAAUGGCGGGAAGUUUUGGCGCCACAAUCCCCAUAACAUCGUCCUUCGCGUCUCCUUCUCUAUUUAAACCACCCCAAUCUCCCUACCUGAUCCUGAAUCUCCCUCAUCCCAAAAACCCAAAUUACCGCCGUAAUUCUCUCACCCAAAUGGCCCAGCAAAACGGAAACCACGAAGUCACGGAGCGAGCUCCCAAGAUCGCCAAGCUCCACCACAACGGCGACGUUUCGAAAACGACCUCCGCCGGUUUUUUCAGGGUGAAGAAGCUCUCUGAAAAUGCCGUUUUGCCCUCCAGAGGUUCUCCUCUCUCUGCUGGUUAUGACCUCUCAAGCGCAACGGAGACGAAGAUACCAGCCAGAGGAAAAGCCUUGGUCCCAACCGAUCUGAGCAUUGCAGUUCCUGAAGGAACCUAUGCCCGAGUUGCGCCGCGAUCAGGGCUGACAUGGAAGCACUCCAUUGAUGUGGGAGCUGGAGUGAUAGAUGCCGAUUACAGAGGCCCGGUUGGAGUGAUCUUGUUCAACCAUUCUGAUGUCGAUUUCGAGAUCAAGGUGGGUGAUAGGAUUGCUCAGCUGAUAAUUGAGAUCAUCAUCACCCCUGAUAUUGUGGAGGUUGAGGAUUUGGACUCCACUGUCAGAGGUGAAGGAGGGUUUGGGUCUACAGGUGUUUAGGCCUCUCUGUUUAUGGUUUUGAAAAUCGGGAACUUUAGGGGAUUGAAGCUAGUUAUUUUGGACAUUUGGGGAACAAACUAGCUGGGUAGGUUUGAUUUUUAGUUCUAGGUGACCGGUAUGCUCUUGUAAUGCAAAUAUUAUCAAUGGAGAUGAUUAACUAGUCUGGGUUCGUAACUUUUAUCAA